AUGAUGUCAAGAGGAAAAAAACUAGUAUCUUUAGUGGCCGUAAAUUGUGAAAAGGUUUCUGAAAAUGAACAAAGUUCAUAUGCAGGCCUGGUAGAUAUUCAAGAAAUUCAAUCUACAUCUUAUAACAACGCGGAUGCUAUAGACUUUCAUCAUUCACAAAUUCAUGAUGGUCCGGGUAACGAAACGUUCUUCAAUACUCUCAUUAAAUCUACGGCAUGCUGUUCUAAAUACCAAAAAGCAUUUGUGUCUCUUUUAGGCGAAGAUUCUGAUGAUAAUGUUGAAACAGAAUUGGAAAGUUUAUUUGGAGAUGUUUCCGAUGCUGACGACCCAACUUAUCGCCUGCCAAUUUUCUCUCACCAACUGGAAAACGAAAAUUCCAACAAUCUUGUAACAUUAGAAGAUUUACUAGGAAACAAAGAAAAUUUUAAUGCUGAAAAGUUUGAUGUCGAGCACAUACAGAACAAUAUUGAAGUUUUUGACCAAGGUUAUGAACAACAUCGCGAAAUUACAGCUAUAAUUGAAGAUAUUUUGGAUGAGGUUUUUAAAAAAGCUUGGUUACUUAUUGAACCGUUAAAAAGAUGGCGAAAAUCAGACCCAAGCAGUUGGGCUCGUAAUGUAGUUAAGAAAAGACGAGCAGAUGGUUUGCUUUAUAAAUCCAAAGCUAACAUCAAACCAGCUAAGACACUUGUGGUGGCCAAAACCGAAACCAAUUUGUGGCUGCUUUGCUUCUUUGGGCAGUCCAAAAAAUUGACCACCUUAAAGUCAUAG